UAAUAAUACCAUGGCUAUUUCUCUCAAGAUUCGUCUUCUUGCAAAUAAAUCUCUCUUGCAUGGUGGUGAUUUUUUUCAAAUUCGUUGUUGCUGCCAUAUUAUAAAUCUUAUUGUGCAAGCUGGUCUGAAUCUCAUUGAUGGUGUUGUUUGUAAAAUUAGAAAUGUGGCCAAGCAUUUGAAAAAUUCAGUUCCAAAGAAGAAGAAGUUUUAUGAAAUUGCUGAACAAAGUUUUCAUUUGAAUACCAGAAAAAGAUUGCGUUCUGAUUGUUGUGUUAGAUGGAAUUCUACUUUUAUAAUGCUGGACCGUGCUAUUUAUUUCAAGGCAGUUUUAGAUCACUGGGGACAGCGUGAUAGAGAAUUUGGAAUCUUUGCACUUUCUGAAGAAGAGUGGAAAAAAAUAGCUAUUCUUUAUAAGUUUUUGAAAGUGUUUUAUGAUGUGACUAAUCAGUUUUCUGCUAGUAAGCAUCCAACAGCAAAUAUUUAUUUUAGGGGGGUGUGGGAGAUUCAUAGAAAAUUGAUAGAGCCCAUAUGAUUUUAUGGUUGAUAUGGUUAGAGAGAUGCAAGUUAAAUUUAACAAGUAUUGGUCUGAGUAUAGUUUGAUCUUAUCUUGUGCUACAGUUUUGGAUCCCCGUUGCAAGUUAGAGUUAGUUGAAUAUUGUUAUUCUAAACUUUAUGGGGAGAUUAGUGCAAGGGAGAUGGUUCAGAAUAUUAAGAAUACUUUGUAUGAUUUAUUUGAAGAGUAUAUGCUGCGUUCAACUUCAGUCUUUUCUCCCAAGAUUGGAACUUCUAGUGGCAGUGAUGUUGGUAACCAUGAUGCAGAUAGUUUUGAAGAUUAUGAAUUAUUUUUGAGUAAAAAACAAAAGCAUGAUCAUGGGAAGUCACAAUUAGAUCUUUACUUGGAGGAGCAAAAUCUUGGGCUGCACAUCGAUUUGGAUAUUCUAGCAUAUUGGAGAGAUGCCUCAGGUCGUUUUCCCGAGCUUGCAUCGAUGGCUCGUGAUAUUUUGGCCAUUUCCAUAUCAACGGUCCCUUCAGAGUCUGCCUUCAGUAUGGGUAAAAAGUUGAUAAAUCCUUGGCGAAACUCACUUUCACCAAAGACAAUUCAAGCUAUUACAUGUUAUGAGGAUUGGUUGCGAGCAAAGGGCUUCUCAUUAGGACAAUCGGGUGUCUUGGGAGCUAACAUGGAAGAAUCUAGUGAGGAUGAAGAUGACGAGGAAGAGAUGGAAGAGGGAUUACAUGGUUUUGAGAGUUAGAAGAUGCAAGGAUGUUCUACAAUUUUCUAUUAUGGAAAUAGCUUCAAGAAUUAUGAACUUUUAUGAACUUUUGAAUGCACAAAGAUGCAUGUUUGUUAUAAUGUUAAUGGGACAAUGUAAUUUGUAUUUUGUCUAAGUUUGCAGUUUUUAUUGUUAGGUUGUAAUUUUCAGCUGGACAACACUAUUGGCUUGAAGCUGCAAAUUUUUUCUUUUUUAAUGUUUGUAGA